AUGCCUCUGGAUAUACCUGGAGGCGCGGAACCAGAGAAAAAAUGGGAGAGAAACACUUGGAGUGCUAAAAAUGUCUCCAAAAUCAUAGCCAGCUCAUCCGACAUGAUGAAGAUCAACAGCCAAAACAGGUCCUUCAGCGCCUCGGUACACAGAGAGCUGCUUUGCUACUACUCGCCCUACUACGCGGCAGCACUUAAGGGAGGGUUUGCUGAAGCGCAGACGAACACCAUCACCAUCGACCUCAGUGACGAGGAGACGGCUGAUCUUGUCUCUUGGCUGUACUCCGGACAAAUCAUCAGCUCCUACUAUUCUCAACUGUUCGACGUUUAUGUGUUCGCCGAUGAGAAAAAAAUGCUCGCUCUGCGCAGAUCGCUCAUGUCGAAGAUCGUACUUUGCUGCGAUGCACGCAACGAGGAUUCAGAAGCCAACGAAAUCAAUUACUUUGGACUCGAUGACAUGUUGCCAUACAUCUACCGUCUACCGCCAAGCUGCGGUCUGUUCCGCUAUCUUGCCGAUUUCUAUGUUCAUCACUGGAUUCUCAUGCCCUGCGAUGUCAGGUUUGACAAAGAAGACCCAGACAAGCGCAUCCCCCGAGAGUUUUACUGGUAUGUUAUCAAGGCUCUUGCAGCCGACCGUAACAGAAUGAUCACUCCGAAAGCUUCGAAUCUGUUGUGUCGAUGCUGCCAACACUCGUCUUGCAACUACCACGAGCACGUGAGCGGAGAUGAAUGGGGUCAGACCUGCGAAGAAGUCUACGAGAACACUCCUACCGAUAUCAAUGUACCAGGAGAAUCAUACUACGACUGA